CACACGCCCCGCUAACGAGAAGAAUUAAGUCUUACGUGCGAGGAGCUUUCUAAUCUCUGAUCUCUUGGAUUACUCUUCCGAUGGACGGGAUUUGGGCACCGUCCGUGUGUUUUGGCCACUGUUUUACGCACACUGGGCACCACUUUUGCGCGCUCAUAUUUGCGCCCCUGGCAUUUGCAUGAUGGAUUAAACACUCAUUAGUUUUAGCCUAGUUUUUGAGUUGUGCUCUCUGAACAAUUGUGGAUUAUUAAUGGACUCGCAUCAUGCUGAAUGAUGGUGAUCGUUUGGUCGCUGAAGCGCGCAGCCGUACGUUGGAUUAAGAGCCAGAGACUUUCCACCGCUCUUGGACCAAACACCUGUUUAUUCCCCUGAGACAUUUUGACCUGCUUUCCCCCUAUUGACGCGCCGGGAUGGAGAGCGAGCUGAGGCCCAGGCUCUGUUUCCUGACCAAAGGAGAGCGCGGCUAUGGCUUUCACUUGCACGGCGAGCGGAAUAAAGGCGGACAGUUUAUUCGCAAAGUGGAACCGGGCUCCUCGGCUGACCUGGGCGGGCUGCGACCAGGGGACCGGGUGGUGGAGGUGAAUGGGGAGAAUGUGGAGAAGGAAACCCACCAUCAAGUGGUGAACCGUAUCCGUGAGGUGCCCCACCGCACCAGGUUGCUGGUGGUGGACAGGGACACGGAUGACUACCUCCGCAGUCAUGGCCUGGCCUGCACCGAGGACCUGGCCAUUGAGAUGGGAACCCUCUCCCCGCGCCCCUCACCGGGGCCCACCCCUUCUACCUCUCCCAUACCCAGAGAUAAUUCACCCCUGUCACCCAAACCCAACCACACAUUCUCAUUUCCCCCUCCUGCUGCAGACUCGCCCACACACAUGAUCACAAAAGGCAAUGUCAAGAGAUCCUCAAUGACAUCAAGUACAGCGACAGACACAGAGCCGCAGGUGCAGCCCUCGCCAGAGCCGCCAGCUGAGCUCAUUCCCCGGCUGUGUCACCUGGUGAAGGGGGAGCAUGGCUACGGUUUCAAUCUGCACAGCGAUAAAACAAAGGGUGGACAGUUUGUGCGUUCGGUGGACCCCGGUUCAGCUGCUGAGAAUGCAGACAUUAAGCCUGGAGACAGACUAGUGGAGGUGAAUGGAGUGAACAUUGAGGGCCUGAGGCACUCAGAGGUGGUGGCAUUUAUUAGAGCAGGAGGGGAGGAAGUGCGCCUCCUAGUAGUCGACCAGGAGACGGACGAGCUCUUCCACAGACUGGGGCUCACACCCACCACCAGCCAUGACAAAGAGGUCUAUGUGGAUGAAUCAGCCACAGAAAGCGGCCCACCUACCCCCUCUCCCACCACUGAACUCCCCGCUACAGAUCCACCAAUCAUAAACGUCACGCUGACAGAUUCUUCAAUCACAAAAAUGUCUCCAAAAUCCAGGGCCAAUGGGAGCUCAGCAUCUCAGUCCUCAAGAAGUUCCACCACCCACUCGGAGAUCAGCAGCUCGGACAUGAGCAUCCAGGUCCCUGAUGAGGACGACAGGCGUGUUUCGGACCCUUUCAUGGACAGCGGCCUGCGUCUGAGUCCCACAGCUGCUGAGGCUAAACAAAAGGCCCUCGCCAGCCGCAAAAAGAAGAGGGCACCUCCUAUGGACUGGAACAAGAGACAAGAGAUCUUCAGCAACUUUUGACUCUGAGACGCAGUGGUGGAAUGUCACUAAGUACAUUUACUCAAGUACUGUACUUAAGAACACGUUUGAGGUAUAGUUACUAUAACUAACUAACUAUAUUAAAUCAUAUUCAUUUCAGAGCCAUGAGUAGUGACUAUGAGUCGAUAACAGCCUAAAUGCACUCCGUCUGAUUUAGGGCCAUAUUUGCUGUAGAUGCCCUUUAUUGUUGUAAUUUUGGUAGGUUUUGUUUGUUGAAGUAAUAGUUUCAUGUCUUUUCAAAUUACAGUGAGCUCAUUGUGAGUCUUCUUAGUUGUCUUUAUAUUAACAUUUUGUUUGUCAGUUGUAAUGUAGCAUAUCACUUGUAAAUACAGAGGGAAUGGGAGAGACUAAGUUAUGACAUCUCUGAUCUCUUGUUGUAGCCUUUUGAGGAAUGUUUUCUCAAAUGUGCUUGGUUGAAACUUAUCAUAAUGUGAAAUAAACUUUCAGAAUAUUUGUAAAUGCCACAACAGAACGUAUACUAUAAACACAUUGUGAAAAGUUGGGUGAGCCUUCCUUUCUCAGUAGCAGGUUAUAUUCAAUUUACAUUACCGGCUACCAACAACCAGCUAACAAGAUCUUAAUCUAAUGUUGUUAUCACGGAUGUAAGUAC